CGGGACGGCGCUUGGUAACAAACUGGGGCAUCACUGGGAGACAGGAAGGAGUAACCCGCGCUGAAUGGGAUCGCAUCGCUCAAACCGCCAGCCCAGUACCCUGUCUCUCUAUCAGCUUCACACGCCGCUCUGCUGAAAAGAAAAAGGCCCAGUGGGGGGGAAAAACAGAAUACAUCGCGACUCGCAGCGCGAUGUCCGUCUCCGUGAUAAUAAAGUGGGGCGGCCAGGAAUACUUCAUCAGCACCUUGUCCGAGGAGGACACCGUGUUGGAUCUCAAGCAGUCCAUCAAGACCCUGACUGGCGUGUUGCCAGAGAGACAGAAACUCCUCGGCCUGAAAGUGAAAGGCAAACCAGCAGAGGAUGAUAUCAAACUGGGAAGCCUGAAGCUGAAGCCCAACACAAAGAUCAUGAUGAUGGGCAGCAGAGAGGAGAGCUUGGAAGACGUUUUGGCCCCUCCGCCGGAAAACGAUGACGUCGUCAACGAUUUCGAUAUCGAGGAAGAGGUCAUCGAAGCAGAAAACAGGGAAGAGAACUUGGCAAAGAUCGCCCGUCGGGUGAAAGAGUACAGGGUUGAAGAGCUGAACCCUCCAAGAGAUGGCAAGAGACUGCUGGUGCUGGAUGUGGACUAUACUCUGUUUGACCACAAAUCCUGUGCCGAGACAGGACAGGAGCUGAUGAGGCCGUACCUGCAUGAGUUUCUGACCUCUGCGUACGAGGACUACGACAUUGUCAUCUGGUCUGCCACCAGCAUGAAGUGGAUUGACGCCAAAAUGAAAGAGCUUGGGGUGACGGACAACCCCAACUACAAGAUCACCUUCAUGCUGGACAGCGCGGCUAUGAUCACUGUGCACACGCCAAAGAGAGGUGUCGUGGAGGUGAAGCCUCUGGGGGUAAUUUGGGGCAAAUAUGGCACAUUCUAUAACAAGAAGAACACCAUCAUGUUUGACGACAUCGGUAGGAAUUUCCUUAUGAACCCACAGAACGGAUUAAAGAUCCGGCCAUUUAUGAAGGCACACCUAAACCGUGAGAAAGACAGGGAGCUUUUCAAACUGUCCCAGUACCUCAAGGAAAUCGCGAAACUGGAGGACUUCUCCGGCCUAAAUCACAAACACUGGGAAAGGUACCUCUCGAAGAAGCAGAACCAGUAGAAAGCCCUAACUGGGAGCAAGACCAUUCGGAGAAGUACAGGACACUGCAGGUCACGCCAAAACACUACUGCUGGUCGACAUUAAGCUUGUUAUGUCUGUUCCUCCCUCUCUCUCUCUCUCUAUCAUCCCUUCCUUACUCCUCUUUGCACCUUCUCCUUUCAUGUCACCUUCUGUUCUACAUCAGCAUUUUGCUUCUUGGUGCCGGUCCGGUCUGUUGGCGCGGAGCCCCUGCCCGCUUGUUACAGUCCCGUGAAGGACUGCAGUCUUUGCAAACCUUUCGCCUGAAAGAGAGCCCAGCCUCACACAGUCAAAGAUAUUAGCAUUUCAGGUCCAAACCUUCAUUCCUCUAGACGCCUUUCUUUUGAACCGCUGAAGCUGCCUCUGAAAAUCUUAAUGGUACCAGAAGCGAAACAGUUGUCGAGUUUGGUGCGCUGUGCUUCACCGCCAGUUUACAAAUGGAUGUGUGUCUGGAGUGAUGUCCUCACCACCGGGAAAUGUAUAAUGUCCCCGCGAUAUGCUGCUGAUCCUCUGGACAUUUAUGGAGUAAAUAUUCUAUGAAUAGUUUUAAGGAGAGAGUUCUGUCUGGCAAAUUGUAAAGCAAAAAAAAAAUUAUUAAAAAUCGGUUGUUAGGUGUUUUUUCUCCCCCCCCCUCCUCCUCUGAGUUUAGCGCUCCAGGAAGCUGAGGUGUGAAAAUGCAGCUCAUUACCGCUCCGUUCCACUGCAGAUGCGUAAUUUAAAAAUAACGUUUGUUAUAUUCGUCUUUGGCCUGAGUGUGGGGGUCAGGUCUGCACGGGCUGCCGCAUGUUAUCUAAAGCCGAAAUAAGUUAGCGCUCCGGGAAGCUGCCGCGCGAAACCCAGUCCGUUUCUUCUGUACGAACUGUGUGUUUUUUUUGUUUUUGUUCUCUAGAAGGUGUGUGGAAGUGUGAUUUGGAGAGCUAACUUGUCAAGUAGUGUCUUUUCUUUAGUGGAAAUUUAGUCAUGAUUAGAAAAACCUGCUCUUCUAACGGGUAAUAUCGCUAAGAUAUUCGCUAUUGAGAGUCAUGUCUGUGGUGACUGAUUUAUUUUUAAAUCUUCUCCUAAGACAAUUAUGCAGUAUAUCAAAAUAAAAUGCAGUGUUUUUUUUUUAUUUGUGAAAUGUUAUGGAAUGACCUACAAUAUAUACAUUUUAAAUACAUAAAGUGGUGACAUGAAUUAACGUGGCACCGAUGUAGAAGGACAGUAAGUCAUGAAAUGAUCGUCUGCAGUGCUGCAAUUCAAUCUAAGAAGCUAGCUUGUUGGAGCCAUCGGACCAAUGAUAUCAAAUGGGGAAAUGGGCACAUCGCAAAGUGUGUAGAUCAUCUGAUUUAUCGCAGAAGGCAAAGGGUGGUUGCAAUGGCCAAAAUAUCAGUAUUCUUACCCGGUGAUAAUGGAGCUUAUUACCACAAUGCUUUCAAUUAACUAUAGUGAUAAAAGCCACUUUAAACAUCUUAAUGUAGUGCUUUGAAAGAUACAAGUAUUGAAGACUGGUGUAUCUGUCAGUACUCUGAAUUAAGGUUCUAAUAAAUUCACCAAUCAGUUUAGUUAGCUCGUGGAAGCCAAAAAAGUGAGAACUUGGCGAGAGCAUCAGCACGCUGCAUGUGCUCUUAUUCCAGCCUGUGGAAGCUCGCGAGACGCCGUGCAGUGAGGGCUGGGGGAUCCCCACUGUAACUGCCAAACCUUCCUUCUGUGGAAUUCCCACAACGAGCGCGUCACCCAGCUUCUGCAGGAGGGGCAUUGAGAUUUCUGGACAGCAUAAAACCCUUCGCAUGCAUGACGAUGCACGAUUUAUAUUUUUGUUUCUUUGUUUUUUUGCAAGUUCGUUUGGUUUACACAGGUUUUUUUUUUAUAGAAAGGACAGGGUUUUUACAUCCUUUUCUUUUGUUUGUGUCUGAUUAAACAUUCACACCAGUUCCCUUCUCUCACUUAGGGCAGUAUGGCAUGAGAUCGGACCCUGAAUGUUUGUAUGACCUAUCAUGGAGGAGUUUUUUUGUGUUGGAUAUGGAGUAUCCAGUGGUGUCAUAAAAUAAACAUUUUUUUUU